GCGCAUGCGCGUGGCAGUGCGUGACCCGCGCGCUGUGUACGUGAGCACGGUUAUCAGGACUGCGGCCUGCGCGCGUUGCGUGUUUCUCUGAGCGUCUGUGGAGCUAAAGAUUGCUGUUUUUUAAUCAUGGCGAGAUACAUGCGACCUCCGAACACGUCUCUGUUCAUCAGAAACAUCUCCGAUGACAGCAGGCCAGAGGAUUUGCGUCGUGAGUUUGGUCGUUACGGACCUAUAGUAGAUGUCUACGUUCCUGUUGACUUCUAUUCUCGCCGACCAAGAGGAUUUGCAUACGUACAGUUCGAGGACGUUCGUGACGUUCAGACGUUUCGUGACGCGGAAGGGGGGGGGGGGGACAGGAAGACUCCUGGUCAGAUGAAAUCCAAAGAGAAGCGCUCUCCUCGCAGCGACUCGCGGUAUGACGACUACGAGCGCGACGGCCGGCGCAGACGCUCACGCAGCCGCAGUUACGGCAGAAGCAGAUCUCGCAGUCCUUCAUACGAGCGCCGCGCGCGCAGAUCAGGAAGCCCCAGAGAGUGAGCACUAACUCAUACUGAUCUAGGCCCGUAUUCACAAAACAUCUUAAAGCUAAAAGUAGCUCAUACCUCGCCGAUUUAGGAGA